AUGUUUAUCAAAUGCAUAUCUUGUCAUUUGGCGUAUCCUCUUGAGCAUUUCCGGUCUACUAUCCUGAGUUUGCAAGAUAUCUCUUCAGCAAAAAGAAAGGUUUAUCAUUCUAGAGUAAGCGGCAACUUAUCAGCUGUUCAGCGGAUUCGAUGUCAAGUGGAUCAAGACAAGUACAGCGCACUAGUCAACGAAGAAGACGUGCAUGUGUUGACAGUAAGUGAUACAUUUUCGAGAAAUGGCAAUUCUUAUUGCUUCUUGGUUGCUGUGCCAAUUAACUGUGCGAAAACGCCGAAAAGCCGUUUGGUAAAGUGUCCAGAUGGCAGAUGGCAAAGUAGUUGUCUACACAUACAGGUGUUAGCAAUGACGGUGACACUGCGCUAUUUUAUUGUUAGACGAAAUGUGUUUGCUUUCGAACUACAAAAUCCCAAGCAACGAUUCAAGCGCUUUGAUGAGCUCCUCAAAUUGUUACCACCGGAAAAUCGAGAGACACUGAAGAUAGAGAAAUUUGAAGAAGUGACUGCGAGUAUUGCUGAUAAAAGCCAAGGGGUAGCAUCGCAUUCGGACAAAAAUCGAAUGCAGACGCAUAAUCUCGCUAUAAUGUUUGGUCCUACUCUAUUCAACAGUGGAGAUGAAAAGACGAUAGCAAAGAAGAAGGAUGCUGGGAAGAAAAAGAAAGAUCAGAAGAAGGAAGAAGCACCACCUGUUCAAUCCAAUUCCCACAUGGCUUUCAACAUGAUCAUGCAGGGACAGAUUGUGGAAUAUCUGCUAACAGAGCAGAAUAAAUUCGAAGCUCUACAAGGUCCUGUACAGACGCAUCCGCACUAA